AUGAAUAUUAUGAUGUGCAAAUAUCAUCCGGAUAACUAGGCUAUAUUUUUGCUUUGGAAUGAAACUAUUUUAUAAUUUGCAUGUGAAGAAUGCUUUGAAAAUUAAAAAAAAUAAGAAAAUACAAAUAUGUUUAAAUAGUUAUCCAUAAGAAAAGCUUUAAAGGAGCCUGAUUAUUUUUUAGGAGAGUUUAAUUUGAGUAAAGAAAACAGAUAGUUAAUUGAAAAAAUAGACAAUGUACAUGUUUCAAAAUUAAAAUAACUAAUUAUCUCUAUUGAAACAUAUAUAUAGGAAAUUUAAAUUAGUUUGAGCAAUUUAAUUGAUAGAUAUAAGAAAAUCAUUAUAGAUGUCAUCUAAAAAAAAGAGAAUCUAAGAAAUGAUUUAGAGAAGGUCUCAUUUUAUGCAUUAUUUAAAGGGAUAUUUUAAGGAUUAAAUAGCUAAUAAUGUAUUACUGAUGAUGCUAUCAAUUAAAUUGAAGACAAUAUCAAAUAAUUAUUCUAAGAGAUUAAUAAAAGUUAAAAGUCUUUUAAUCAAGAAAUAUUGAAAUAGUUGCUGAUCCCAAAAUUUGAUAAGCCAACUAUUUUACCAUAAUAUCAAAUUUUAAAAGAUAAACUGUAAACCCUCAAGGAUAAUAUGGCUUCUCUAUUAAUUUAAAAGCCUGCGCAUUAGACUUAGGAUCCAAAGGAUUACAAAAGAGAUUUAAAAUUUUCAAACAUCUACAAGCAAUCAUAAAUUUAAGUUUCUUCAGAUGGAAAGGUGGCCUUUGCAGAAGAUGAUGUUUGGUAAGUAGUUUUAUGUGAGUAAGCAUUACCAAAUAAUGGAUAAAUUAGUUUUAGCUUUAAAAUUUUAAAAUUACAUCAAUUUUAUUGUGGAAUCUGUUUCAGGGAUCGCAUUAAUAAAGAUUAUAGAGGAUUUGUUACAGAAGCUGAACAUGGCUAUUACAUGAUUUGCAGAAUGGGAAAAGUAUAUUCACAUCAUGAUAAAGAAAUAAAUGAGUAAUUAAAAGGAUUUCCAUCAGAAUAAGGAGAUAUUAUCGAAAUAUUAGUUGAUAUGAUAGAAAAAACUAUUAGAUGGACUAAUACUCGAACUAAAAAAUCUUUUGUAUCUUAUUGA